GGGCGGACAGGAGGGGAGGAGGAGGAGGGAGGGAGGGGGGACCCCCGAGUCACCCCCUCUCCUCCCCCCGCCCCCCGGCUCCAUCCUCUGCCGCCGCCGCCGGAGCAGCCGCGGUGCCGCCGCUGCCGCCGCCUUUGCAGGCUGAGUCAUCACUAGAGAGUGGGAAGGGCAGCAGCAGCAAAAGAGAAUCCAAACCCCAAAGCUGAUAUCUCAAAGUAUCUUUUCUUGAAGUUGAGGGCUCAGAGGGGAGCCAUCAUGAGCGAUGUUACCAUUGUGAAAGAAGGUUGGGUUCAGAAGAGGGGAGAAUAUAUAAAAAACUGGAGGCCAAGAUACUUCCUUUUGAAGACAGAUGGCUCAUUCAUAGGAUAUAAGGAGAAACCUCAAGAUGUGGAUUUACCUUAUCCCCUUAACAACUUUUCAGUGGCAAAAUGCCAGCUCAUGAAAACAGAACGACCAAAGCCAAACACAUUUAUUAUCAGAUGCCUCCAGUGGACCACUGUUAUAGAACGAACAUUUCAUGUGGAUACUCCAGAGGAAAGGUCACUUGCUUUUUUUUUUUUUUUUUUAAGUUGGGGAGGGGUAUCAUUCAAUCCACAAGUAGGUAAUUUUUACCUUUACACCUUUACACCUAUAAACAUACUUUUGCAGAGUUGUCAUUUGUUUCUUUGUGUUCUUUUUUUCAAUCAUGAUAGAGGUAAAGUGGGAGAAACUCUUAAGAUGUCUACUCCUAGCCUCACCAAACAGAAGGCGAACUUCUCCAGACAUAUCUAUAAAAAGAGAACUUUUAAAAAUAUACUUCAAUUCCAUGAUAAUUCUAUGAACCAUUCAUUACUCAUUUUUCAUUUUUCAUUUGUCCGUUUCCAGACAAUGAAUGACUUUGACUAUUUGAAACUAUUGGGUAAAGGCACUUUUGGGAAAGUGAUUUUGGUUCGAGAGAAGGCAAGUGGAAAAUAUUAUGCUAUGAAGAUUUUGAAGAAAGAAGUAAUUAUUGCAAAGGAUGAAGUGGCGCAUACUCUAACAGAAAGUAGAGUAUUAAAAAACACUAGACACCCAUUUUUAACAUCCUUGAAAUAUUCCUUCCAGACAAAAGAUCGUUUGUGUUUUGUGAUGGAGUAUGUUAAUGGAGGAGAGCUGUUUUUCCAUUUGUCGAGAGAGCGGGUGUUCUCUGAGGACCGCACACGCUUCUAUGGUGCAGAAAUUGUCUCCGCUUUGGACUAUCUACAUUCCGGAAAGAUUGUGUACCGUGAUCUCAAGUUGGAAAAUUUGAUGUUGGAUAAAGAUGGCCACAUAAAAAUUACAGAUUUUGGACUUUGCAAAGAAGGGAUUACAGAUGCAGCUACGAUGAAGACGUUUUGUGGUACACCUGAAUACCUUGCACCUGAGGUCUUAGAAGACAAUGACUAUGGCCGUGCAGUAGACUGGUGGGGUCUGGGCGUUGUCAUGUAUGAAAUGAUGUGUGGGAGAUUGCCGUUCUAUAACCAGGAUCAUGAGAAGCUUUUUGAGCUAAUAUUAAUGGAGGACAUUAAAUUUCCUCGAACUCUUUCUUCUGAUGCAAAAUCCUUACUUUCAGGACUCUUAAUAAAAGAUCCAAAUAAACGCCUUGGUGGAGGUCCAGAUGAUGCAAAAGAAAUUAUGAGGCAUAGUUUCUUUGUUGGUGUAAACUGGCAAGAUGUGUAUGAUAAAAAGCUGGUACCUCCUUUUAAACCUCAAGUAACAUCUGAGACAGACACCAGAUAUUUUGAUGAAGAAUUUACAGCUCAGACAAUUACAAUAACACCGCCUGAAAAAUAUGAUGAGGAUGGUAUGGACUGCAUGGACAAUGAGAGACGGCCACAUUUCCCACAGUUUUCCUACUCAGCAAGUGGACGAGAAUAAUCCUCUUGAGUUCUGCUGCACCACUGACAUCCUAGGUCUCUUACCAACAGUGAUUCCUGGGCAUCACCACCAGUCCUAGCCAUUCGCUGAGAUAGCAGGAGCACUUUCAGACGUCAUCCCCAACCCAGCGAGACCCCCCCCCCCCGCCCCAUCCCCCGUCACACCCUCUCACAGGCACGCACACACAGAGACACAGACACACUUGCCUUUUUGUUUUUGCAUGAACUUUUAUCUCAGUCUUAAGGUCUCAUGCUAUUGCUGCUACCGUCUCACUAUUAUAGCAACUCUAAGAAGUAAUUCUGCAAUCUUUGGAAGUCAUGAGUCCUCCGUUGUACGUCUGUGCACCUGUUGUCAUCUUUGGUUUCUCCCUCACCUCAGAGGUUAAAAAAGAGAUAAAUUGGUUCUAGAUGCAUUUCUUAACUUUCUAGCAGGUGAUCAGAAUAUCAAUUAGACUAAGAAGACUUAGUUCCUAAUGUUUUCUUGCAUCUGUUUGUGCUAGUCCAAAUAAGCAAUUUGGAGAGGGUGGUGAUGUGCUUGUGCAAAGCUUGGAUUAGGGCAUAUAAGUACUUGAAGCAGGUAUAUGUCAUUAACAUCUGGCUGGAAUUCAUUUGGAAAGCAUUUGAGCAAAGGACUUAACUGUUGCUAUAUAUACAUAUGUGCAAAUAUAUGUAUAUAUAUACACACAUACAUACAUAUACAUACAUACAUACACACACACACAUAUAGGUAGAUAGAUAGAUAGAUGUAAAUUCCUCAUUGGCUACUGCUGAAGAAGUAGAGGGGCUAGAGUUGCCCAGUGUCACACUUAGGCUUCCAGAUUUCAUGUGCAAUCAUAGACAAAUAAGCGUCACAUAGCCAAGGGAUGAAGGCGGCAUAAACUCAGCAUUAUUAAAGUCCCUUGAAAGGUUUAAUGAAAUGAUUUGCACCAGAGAGCAUUUUUCCAUGUGCUUGGUUUUUUAAAUUUUUUUCCUUCUUGAUGUACAUCACUCCUGAUGGCUAAAGAAUGUAGACAGGCGUAGGGAUCCUGCUUUUCACCAAAACUUGUGCACCAAGAGAAACAGGUGUUUGCCUUCCAUGUUUUUACUUUUACUUUGUUUUAUGUGAAUUAUCUUUUCACAAAUAUUAAGAUCUUUGAAUGUCCUUUGGGGUUGGUUUUGUUUAUAUUGCAGUAGUAUUUAUUUUUUUAGUGAUGAAGAUUGCGUGUGUCCUCCUAGCAGAUACAGCUGCAACUUACAUAGAUUAGGCUUAAAGCAGUUUAGUUUGUCCUACAUGCAAAGGAAUGUACAAGCUGAUAAGAAUCAUGCACUUUUUUCUCCUAUGUGGACAUUUUGACAAGGCUCUGAAAUUGUAUACGCUGCAUAGAAUUUGGCUUCAGGGGAAGACAGAUUGUCAUUUAACCGCCUUGGUGCUGUCAAUGGAGAGAGCCCAAUCACCAGUACCAGGGAGUUAACAAAACAAACCAAUGUUUUUGCUCCUUUGAGAAUUAAUGUAUUAUGAAAGCCAGGCAGCAGAAUAGAAGUGAUGGUCUCUUUGGGGCGAAGGAAACGCUUGCAAGUGGUUUGACACCAGAGUGAGGAGGAGAGAAGCACUUUACUUGGCGUACUGAACGUAAAGAGGGCGGAUUGAAGACAGCAGCGCGGGCAUGUACCAAGUAAGAAAGCCCGGCAUAUCUGGGCAGAUCAUGGUACAUUAAUCACUGAAUUGUCAUCAGGGAAAAAAAAAAAGAGCACCUCCAAGUUUUCUUUUUCUGUAUAUAUUCAUGUCCCCAAAUCCCCAACACUUCUUACUGAAUGGGGCAUGUAUGCAAACCUCAUCUUUCUCCUUUAUUAAUGAUCUUCAGAUUUAAACCCUCUGGUGCUAGGAGCUGAAGUUUUCCACAGUAGCCUAUAAAGCCUACAGGGCCAGAAGGCUGCUUUUACUACCAGUAGAAGGAAAUCCUUGCUCCAUAGGAUUAUCAUUGAAGUAUUCUGGUUUCACAAUGUUAGCAGCUCCCACAGUGACAAAUGGCAGCAUUAUGUAGUAUUAUGAUUGUGUGUUUGAAAGAGCAAGUGACUUUUAGAUAGGAAAAAUAAUAUUCAUAUGCAGAUGUCUUAGCUGCUUGAUGCUGUAAGUGCAGAUUUAAUGUGAGACCACUGCUGGCAGUGGCUACACUGGGGCCGACAAGGGGGAUAAAGGGCAUUUUAUUAAGGCAGCUAAGACACAUUCAGACAUAGACUUUAUUCUAAUUUUUCGUAUUUCUGAGUGAAGUUCAUAUUUAAUAUUAAGUAGUCAAUUUAAGCAAGGGAUAUCUCACUUUUGCUUAUACUUAUGGAUUUCAUCUUUUUACCUGGUGAUGUAUUAUUGAGUUUUCAUCUUUGGAAAAGAAAGUAGAAAUAGUGAGCACAUCCCAUAAGUUGUUUUGCACUCAUUGGAAAGUAUCAGAUGAAUCGAGGACAUGAGAGCUGGGGCCUGGCUGACUGACCAUCCUGAGCAUUUGCUCCUUUGAAAUGCCCUCUGCGGACCAACAGAAAGCCUGUCGCCCAUAUGCAAGGCACAUCCACUAGUUUUGUUUUUUUCUGUUUUGUUUUUUAUUUUUAAAUCUUGAGAUAAGUGUUCUUCAUGACCUUGGCACAGGACACUUCCUAAAGAUUAAUGACUGGCUCUGACUGAGCCCCAGGCCAUCAGCUUCUCCCAGCUGGCUCUUAGUCUCCAGCAACAGCCUGUGGUUCUCUGAACCCUGUGCUUAGCCACUCUGCUUCUGUAAUCGCAUAGUAAAGUUUGCAUUUGAGUUUGAUGAAAUAUUGGAAAGCUAUUUCAGGUUGAAUUUGAAAAAGCAUUGCUUUCAAGAAAAUGGAUGACUUAUUCAGGACAAACAGAACAUCACUCUGUUAGAGUUUGGGAAUCUCUGAUUUUGUGCCCCAAAUCAUGUAAGCUGGGAAAAAAAGGAUGAAAAUAAAUAUAAAAUUACAAUGUUGAAAAGAGAUCGGAGGGACUUGUAUUUGCUCACAAUUGUAGUUUUAGAAUUCUGGCAGGUGAAAAGGCUUUGAGAGACCUGGAACUCUUCAGUCAUGGGAUAUUUCAGAUGUGCUUGACUCCAGUUUGUACUGACUGUCACUUGAGAGUGCCCUCUUGUACUGCAGCCAUCUUUGAGGAAGUCGGCUCUUUGUUUGAACUGGAGGCAGAUUUGCACACAGCUUUGCGUUCUACACUAACUGCAUCUUCCAACACAUUCCUGUUGCUUAAAGAACAUUAUUCCAGUAUUGUUUUCCAUUUCCCACCCCCGGUUUCUAGCUUCUUAAAGCUGACUCUUCUUGCAGGGGCCAUUGUGCUUCUCCUAGAGUACACAAGUAAGGUCCUUCCUUACUAACUGCAGGGUCUAUCUAUUACACCUCAAUGUACACACUUUGCUGCUACUGUUUGUACUGUCUACAGUAGAAUUUCCUUAUCUUGCUCCUGGUAGUGCAUUACAGGCAAGCAUGAACUGUAAAGUAUUUAUUUAAAUAAAUAAAUAAACAACCAUAAAUGACACCUCUAAAUUGGUAAUUGAAUUACCUCCCUGUAGCUUUAGAGUUUGUGACAUUUCUUGACCUUGCUAGUUCUUUCAUUAGAUCUGUGCAAGAUCUAGUCAUCUGGUUAAGGAUUUUAAGCAGACGUGACUAUGAACCCAAGGAACUGUAUUACUCUUACUGUCGGUCAUACUUAAACUGUUUAUUUCCUUAAGUAUAUGACCCACAAGGAUGUGAAAUAACUACAAGAAACUGUUUUUGUACACUGUACAUCCUUAGUAUUUUUACACGUAUAUGAUAGGGAUGCACAUUAUUUUCCUUCGUACAGACAGCUUAAAUAAAGCACUAUGUCAAUCUGCUA